CUUCAGAGUUCGGGCACGACAGUGCAUGCCACUGCUCACUCGAUCACAGACCAAGGCCAUGGACCAGAAGGCGGGAGAAUCCCUCCUGGCCUAUGAGGAAUGCCUGGCUGCGUUCAUCCAGGAGGCCAACUAUAGGGCUGCCGCGGCGGCCAAGGAACGGAACCGGAUUGAGCAAGAAGAGGAGACCAAGCGACAGCAGGAGAAACAGGACCGACUUCGUCAAGAAGAGGCAGACCUGCAGGCUGCAGCUGAACACCGGUCACGCCAGCGGGAACGACUGUUCACGCGGGAGACCGUGAUCGGUGAUGAGACCACACAUUGGGUGGAAAUGGCAUCUGGGGACGAGGCAUCGGUGACUGACAAAGGGCUGUCCGCCGUUGCGCACAUCUCCCACGACCUCGUGGCCACCUGCGCUCUGCAGCAGGAGGAAAUCCUUCACCUGCAGCAGACAAUGGACCAGAUGCUUGCACGACUGCAGGCGUUGGAGAAACAGCCAGCUGCUGUAGCAGCCGCAGGGCCUUCCAACCUUGCCACCCGCAUCCAAGUUUUGGAGGAUGACGUCAGCAACAUCAAGCGUGUGCAUCAGAAUUUCCGGACGUCACAGCAAGCAACGAACUUGCAGUUGGAGACACAGCACCAUCCACGAUGCUGCACAUUGCCCCACCAAGGGGAAACCCCGUUCGGGAAAGUAGGCGCCGCCGAGGGUGACUCGACACCUCCCUCGACGCCAUCGGAAGCGGUUGUGCUCACGACCGCCCUUUCUUCCGAGGCAUAUGCGGAUGUCGGGAGUCUUCCACUUUCGCUCGAAGACUUUGCUGCCUGGCUCGUUCCUUCGCUGGACGCUUCUCAAGGACAAGAUACAUGUGCGGCUUUCUCACCGUCCGAGGGUUCUUCCGUCAAUUCGUCUUCAUCAAGGGAUUCAGGAAGCGUGUUCAACGAGGAGGUCUUGGACCCGCUCACGCCCGAGGAUUUCGCUUGGGUUCCUCUCCCUACGACGGGCAGCCUUCCGGGGCCGCAAAGCGCAGCACUAUGCGCCCUCUUACACGAGUAUCUCUCCUUCCAUGCACCACCAACUUCGCCGACGGUAGACGAAGUCGCGGUAGGGGACAUGCUUGGCUACGUUGCCAAGGUGGCCGGCGAGUUUGCCUCGCAACGGAACGAAGAAAACAACGCACCGUUGCUCUACGUCCGCAUUCAAAUUGGGCAAGCGGCCUGCAACGCUUUGCUGGAUUGCGGCGCAACUCGCUACUUCAUCAGCCAGUCCUUCAUGACUCGGGCUGGUCUUGGGGCACAAAUACGGAGGAAGUCACAUCCGACGACGGUCGCUUUUGCCGACGGUAAGACGAAACAGUUCUUAGACCGUUACAUCUCGGCUGUCCCGGUGUAUUUUGCACCGCACGCAUGUGAACCCGUCACUUUUGACGUAUUGGACACCGACUUCGAUGUCAUUUUGGGGAUACCUUGGCUUUCUAGCGCGGACCACACGGUAAAUUUCCAUCGACGCACGCUCACGAUUCAUGAUGCCGUUGGCGCCGAGGUCCCGUGUACUAUUCCUCCUCGCUCCUCCAUUCGGUGCCAAGUCGUGAGUGCCAAAUCUUUCCGAGACACGUGCCGUUUCGAGCACAUCGAAGAGAUUGGCAUCGCAUUUCUUCGAACCGUCCCUACGACCGACUCAUCGUCCACGGAUUUGUCUUCCGACCCCCGUGUGACCCGGUUGUUAGACGAGUUCUCGGACGUGUUCGAGACUCCCUCCGGUAUAGUGCCGGACCGGCCGAUCUCUCACGAGAUCAUACUUGAGGCCGGCGCCGUGCCACCUAAGGGAUGCAUUUAUCGCAUGUCCGAGGAGGAGCUCACGGUUCUCCGUGUGCAACUCGAUGAUCUACUUGACAAGGGUUGGAUCCGCCCUAGCAGCUCACCUUACGACGAUAUCCUCGUCUAUAGCCGAACUCUAGAGGAGCAUCUCGAGCACCUUCACCGUGUUCUAGAGACUCUUCGGUCAGCCCGGUACAAAGCCAACCGCGACAAAUGCGAGUUUGUCCGGCAAGAGCUUGAAUACUUGGGCCAUCUUGUCUCUCCGGAAAGCAUUCGUCCGUUGGCGGACAAGAUUCAAGCCAUCCAGGAGUGGCCCGAGCCGAGGAAUGUGACGGACGUCCGAUCCUUUCUCGGCUUGGCCGGUUAUUAUCAGCGCUUCAUCAAGGGUUACUCGAAGAUUGCGGCCAACCUAAGCAAGUUACAAAGCGAGGAGCGGCCUUUUGACUUCGACGACGACGCGCGCCGUUCCUUUGAAACACUCAAAGCGACACUCUUAUCCGCAGAGGACACGAUUAAUAGUACCAUUGCAAGUUGGAUGGCUUUCAUCGACCAGUUUGACUUUUUCCCCGAUCACAUUCCCGGGAAGUCAAACCGUUUUGCGGACGCCCUCUCACGGCGACCGGAUCUUUGCACCGCAGUCUACUCUACCUUCGAGAUUGACAAUGACUUGCGGGAGAGUUUCAUCCGCAGCUAUCAAGCCGACCCCCACUUUCGCGACAAGUACACGAAUUGCUUUUCUCCGAAUCCGGUGCCUUCGCAUUAUCGGAUCCAAGAGGGCUACUUGCUUGUGCAUUCACGGGGUAAGGAUCUUCUUUGUGUGCCGAGUGAUUCACACUUGCGCACAUGGCUUCUUGGCGAGUUUCACGAUGCGCUCGCCUCCGGACAUUUUGGUGUCAAUCGUACACCUGGCCGACUUCGCCAACGGUUCUAUUGGCCCGACCUUCUCAAGGACGCCACCCACUAUUGUGAGUCGUGCGAAGUCUGUCGGCGUUGCAAGUCAUGCAGCCAUCCGUUCGGCGAGCUACACCCACUACCAGUGCCCCUUGGGCGACGGGAAGCGAUUGCGAUGGAUAUCACCGGCCCCUUCCCGAAGCACAAGACCGGCGUUGAUGGGAUCCUCACGGUCGUUGACCGCCUCACCAAGUACGCCAUGUUUUUGCCUUGCCGCUAUCACGCAAAGGCACCGGAGUUAGCCGAGGUCUUUUACACCGGUUGGAUUCGCUCCAAGGGCUACCCCAAGGAGAUCGUUUGCGACCGGGACACUSGCUUUCUCUCCGACUUUUGGGUCGCCCUCGUCAAUCGAUGGGGCUCAUCUUUGAAGCCGAGUUUGGCUCGCCACCCGCAAACCGAUGGUCAAACAGAAAGGGCGCAUCAGACCGCUCAAGUCCUUCUACGCACUCUCAUCCGUCUCGACCAAGUUGAUUGGGUUGAGCGCUUGCUAGACGUCGAGUUGGCUGACAACUCAUCGAUCCAUCUGACUAUCGGGAUGUCGCCGUUCGAGUUUGAGCAUGGUUCACCCAUCUCAUCGCCGCUGGACGCCAUUUUGCCGCGCACAGCCGAGAGCGACGACCAUCUUGCGUUCCUUCGUCGCAUGCAAGAGCUUCUUGUCAAGGCAUGGGAUCAGAUGUCAAAGACACAAAUACGGAUGAGCCGUCAAGCCAACCGCAAUCGUCUCCCUUGCCCGUUCCGCGUCGGCGAUCUGGUUUGGGUCUCCGCCGCGGAGUUCAACCUUGAGCAAGACAUCUCUCGCAAGCUCCUUCCCAAGUGGAUGGGGCCUUGGCGCAUUCUCUCUGCAGUUGGUGAUGAUCCCAAGGGGUCUUCAUUCCGCAUCGCGGUGCCACCUCACUUGCCCGUCCACCCGGUGUUCCACUGUUCCAAACUCGCUCCUUUUGCUUCAACGGAGUCCGACGAGUUUCCCGGUCGACGUACGCAAGACCCUCCUUCCAUGGACGGAUUUCAGGAGGCCGGCUACAUCAUCACCGACCGGCGCCAUGGCAACAAAGAAACGGAGUUUCUACUUCACUUUUCCUACUGCAGCCACAAGGCUGACCGUUGGCUGACGCGUUCGGAACUGCAGGCCACAGCUCCCUCCGUUCUCUCACGUUAUCUUAGCAAAGGGAACACUACGCCGAGCACUCCAGCUCCUCGCCAUCCUCGCUACAUUCCGCCAUCGGAUCGGCAGCUUCGCCCGCGCCCUUGCUCGUCUUCAUGAGGAGGGGGGCGUGUUACAUGCUGAGAGCCUACACAUG